AAAAAAACAAAAGAGUCUCAAUCUCUCACCUUCAAGUUGAAGAACUCAUAACGAAAAACACAGUUUCUAUGCCAACUCUAACAAUAUUUCCGCUAUCCUGAGAAAAUUCUCCUUUCUUAUGGGCCGAAAUCCCUCUCUUUCCCAAAUCGAUGAAGCCGCUGCUGCCACCGCCGCCACCACCACCACCUCCUCCUCUCCUACCUCCACCUCCUCUGCUACCGAUGGCGUUCCUAAUGCCGGCAACGGAAGCAGCAGCAGCAAUAACAACAACAAUGACCAAGGUCUCCACUUGAUCCGAGAUCGUUUACGUUUUAAGCGAAAUCCUAUUGGUACCUCCACCGCUACUUCUAAUAAUCAGGACAGAGCCGCCAAAUCCUCUGUAGAUCGCACUUCUUUACGCAGUCGAUUGCACCAUACCCCCAACCGAAACAAUCGCAAGGGUUUUCUCUUUUGGUUCCCGUUUAGAGGCGCGUAUUUGCUUUACUUUGUGAUUUUUUUCGCGGUUUUUGCUUUCGCAAUGGCGUCGAUGGUGUUACAGAGCUCGAUCACUGAGAUUGUGUUCAGUGAGCACCGGAGAUCAAUUAGAGAGGGGUUGAGGUUGGGGAGCACCUUGAAAUUCUUGCCAGGGAGAAAAUCUAUGGGGCUUGCGGAGGGGCAUGGGCUUGAUCAAGCGAGAUUGCAGGGGAGAAUGGGGCUUCGGUCUCCUAGGCUUGCGCUGAUCUUAGGAAACAUGAAGAAAGAUGCACGAUCAUUGAUGUUGGUCACUGUGAUGAAGAAUCUACAGAAACUCGGUUAUGCUCUUAAGAUUUAUGCCAUGGAGAAUGGAAAAGCAGAACCAUUGUGGAAUCAAAUAAGUGGUCAGGUAUCAAUAUUACAACCAGAGCAAUAUGGUCAUAUUGAUUGGUCAAGCUUUGAAGGUGUUAUUGUUGAUUCACUUGAAGCCACAGAGGCCAUUUCAAGCCUUAUGCAGGAGCCUUUUUGUUCAGUACCAUUAUUGUGGAUAAUCCAAGAAGACACUCUUGCAAAUCGUCUUUCGGUGUAUGAGGAAAUGGGCUGGGAAUAUAUCAUGUCUUAUUGGAGAAGAGCAUUUAAGAGAGCUAAUGUUGUUGUAUUUCCAGAUUUCACUAUACCGAUGCUAUAUAGUGUACUUGACACUGGAAACUUCUUUGUGAUUCCUGGAUCACCAGUAGAUGUGUGGGCCGCUGAAAGUUACAGUAAGACCCAUGCCAAGCACCAACUGAGGACAGACAAUGGAUUCAAUGAGGAUGAUGUGGUGGUUCUAGUUGUUGGGAGUUCUUUUUUUUAUGAUAAGUUGUCAUGGGACUAUGCUGUGGCCAUGCAUUCCCUAGGACCUCUACUAGUUAAAUAUGCAAGGAGACAAGAUUCUGAGGGUUCAUUUAAAUUCGCUUUCUUAUGUGGUAAUUCUACAGAUGGCGAUGGUUUGCAGGAGAUUGCUUCCCGUCUGGGGCUUAUUCAUGGUUCUAUAAGGCAUUACGGCUUGAAUGGUGAUGUCAAUGGCGUACUAUUAAUGGCAGACAUUGUUCUUUAUGGUUCGUCCCAAGAUGAACAAGGUUUUCCCUCUUUAGUUACUCGAGCCAUGACAUUUGGAGUACCUGUCAUUGCUCCUGAUAUUCCUAUAAUUAAAAAAUAUGUUAUUGAUGGAGUUCAUGGGUUACUCUUCCAAAAAUAUAACCCUGAAGCUUUGAUGAAGGUUUUCUCUCUUUUUAUAUCAGAUGGGAAACUUUCUAAGUAUGCUCAAACUGUUGCUGCCUCUGGAAGACUGCUUGCUAGGAAUAUGCUUGCAUCAGAAUGUAUGACUGGUUAUGCAAGGCUAUUGGAGAAUUUACUCAGUUUUCCAUCAGAUGCCUUGUUGCCUGGUCCUUCAUCCCAGCUUCAACAGAAGGUAUGGGAGUGGAACUUGUUUCAGAAGAAAAUAGUACAGGAAACUGAUGACUUGUUAGGCAUGGAGGGGAGGGAUUCUUCUUCCAGAGGAUCUAGCAUUGUUUAUUCCCUUGAGGACCAGUUGAAAAAUCUUAUUGGUUGGACUAAUAUCUCUGCAAAUGGAACUGAAAUUCCAGUUGUAGAUAUACCAAUUAAAUCAGAUUGGGAUGCUUUAAGAGAAGUAGAUAGCUUUGAAGAAUAUGAGAGGCUAGAAAUGGAGGAGCUUGAAGAAAGAAUGGAUAAAAAUCCUGGUGCAUGGGAUGACUUAUAUCGCAAUGCUCGAAAAGCUGAGAAACUCAAGUUUGAAGCAAAUGAAAGAGAUGAGGGAGAGCUUGAAAGGACAGGUCAGCCCGUGUGCAUUUAUGAGAUAUAUAAUGGAGCUGGGGCCUGGCCAUUUUUGCACCAUGGUUCUCUGUAUCGUGGGUUAAGUCUUUCCACAGAAGCACGCAGAUCAAGAUCAGAUGAUGUUGAUGCAGCUGCCCGGCUUCCCAUCUUGAAGGACGCUUACUAUCGGAAUACACUGUGUGAGAUUGGAGGAAUGUUUUCUGUCGCAAACAAAGUGGAUAGUAUUCACAGUAGACCUUGGAUUGGGUUUCAAUCGUGGCGUGCUGCUGGUAGGAAGGUCUCAUUAUCCAUUAAUGCUGAAAAGGCUCUGGAAGAAAAGAUACAAAACGAAACUAGAGGAGAUGUAAUGUACUUUUGGGCGCGGUUGGAUGUUGAUACUGGAGUAACAGGAAACAAUAAUGAACCAACAUUCUGGUCAAUUUGUGACAUUUUAAAUGGAGGACAUUGCAGAACUGCUUUUGAAGCAGCCUUCCGCCAGAUGUACUCCUUACCAUCCCAUCUUGAAGUUCUUCCUCCAAUGCCAGAAGAUGGAGGCCACUGGUCUGCCCUGCAUAGUUGGGUGAUGCCAACCCCUUCCUUCUUACAGUUCAUUAUGUUUGCUCGGAUGUUUGUCGAUUCUCUUGAUGCCUUGCAUACCAAUUCUAGCCAAGUGAACUCUUGUUUGUUGAGUUCUUCAGAGCUUGAGGAAAGGCACUGUUAUUGUCGGCUAUUGGAACUCCUCGUUAAUGUCUGGGCUUAUCAUAGUGCAAGAAAAAUGGUUUACAUAGAUCCACAAUCUGGUUCUUUAGAGGAGCAGCACCCAAUCAAACAAAGAAAAGGAUCUAUAUGGGCGAAGUACUUCAAUCUUACAUUGUUAAAGGGUAUGGAUGAAGAACUUGCAGAGGCUGCAGAUGAUGGUGAUCCUCCAAGGGAAAGAUGGUUGUGGCCACUAACCGGCGAAGUGCACUGGCAAGGAAUUUACGAAAGGGAAAGAGAAGAAAGAUACAGGCAAAAGAUGGAGAAAAAGCGGAUAACAAAAGAGAAACUAAAUAAAAGGUUGAAAUCCGGAUACAUUCAGAAGCCACUUGGGAGGAGGUAGUUAGGAGGAAGUGUUGUAACUCUGAACUACGAACCGACUAUUUACAGUUCUGGAAAGCCUGGUGCCUAACACACAGCUAUAGGAAACGGAGAAGAAUUUUUCAGGCGAAAGCUAAUUUUUGUUUUUUUCUUUUUAAUCUUCUAACGGCUUCAACAUUGAUUCAUCAGUUUCCCAUAUUUGCCGAAUACGUAUACUUAUGGAAUGGAGGGGAGAAGAAAAGAUAGCUUCCCUGAGAUUGCAGCUUUACUAGAAUUGAAGGCCUUUAUGAAGGAAAAAAAUUUAAUUCACGAGGAGUAUAGCACCCAUGAUUCAUUGAAAUUCUUUCUCAACAAUUCAGAAAUAUUGGAUCCAUUCCAGGUACUAAAAGCAAAGCAUGUAUUCUUUCAUUAUUGUACAUUCUUCCAGCAGUGUAGAAGCAAUUUUGGUGAGAAUAAAUAAUAGUUUUACAGAUUUUUCUUUUUCA